UUACGCUGCCCCGGCGGCGUAGCUCCCAUACAGGCUGCGGAGGCUUACGCCGGAGCGAGGAAAAAAAAGCGUUGAACGGCAGCUUGUCCCUGCGAGCUCCUCCCCCUUCCUUCCCUGUUCCCAGGUGAGGCCAGCCGGAUCAGAGGGAAAAGGAACCGGUGACCGGGGAAGAGAGACAUGGCCGGCAAGGAGAACGAGCUGUGCGAGAGCCUCAUUAUCUGGUUGCAGACAUUUAACAUCAGCGCUCCAUUUAAGACGAUCGAAGACCUUAGCAAUGGAGUGGCCAUGGCGCAAGCACUCCACCAGAUAGACGGCUCUUGGUUCACCGAGUCUUGGCUGGGAAGAAUAAAAGACGACGUCGGAGAUAAUCGAAGGAUAAAGAUUAACAAUCUGAAGAAGAUUCUUCAAGGAAUUGUGGAUUAUUACAAAGAGGUUCUGGACCAGCUCAUCUCCGAGUUCCUCCUUCCCGAUCUCACCCAGAUUGCAGAAAAUGCGGACCCGACGGAAAUGGGGCGACUGUUACAGCUGAUUCUGGGCUGCGCCAUCAACUGUGAUAGAAAGCAAGAACACAUCCAGAUCAUCAUGACCCUGGAAGAGUCCGUACAGCACGUGGUGAUGACGGCCAUUCAGGAGCUUAUGAGUAAAGACAUUGUGGACUCUCCAUUGGUGGAGCUAGAAGGAGAUCUGGAUCAGCAGCUGAAGAAGGCUCUGGAAUUGAUUCAGGAAGCAGAAGCUGAGAAAGAAGAGCUGAAGCAGAGGUGCCAGGAGCUGGACCUCCAGGUGGCGGCCCUGCAAGAGGAGAGGAACAGCUUAUUGGCUGAAAACGAGGUGCAGAAUGAAAGGAUAAACCAAUUGGACUCCUUCGAGGAACCUACCAAUAUGGCAGCUAAAAAAUAUUUUCAGACCCAACUGGAUCAGCUGCAGGAAGAAAAUUACAGGCUGGAAGCGGCGAAGGAUGAUUAUCGGGUUCACUGCGAGGAGCUGGAGAAACAGCUGAUCGAGACGCAGAACCGCAGUGUUGAGUUGGCCAGUCUAGCCGAGGAGUCGAGGGCUUUAAAAGACGAAAUGGAUGUUCUCAGAGCGACAGCAGAUAAAGCCACCAAGCUGGAAUCCGCUGUAGAAACGUACCGCAAGAAACUAGAAGAUCUCAACGAUUUACGUAAACAAGUGAAAUCCCUGGAGGACACAAAUCUAAUGUACAUGCACAAUACUGUGAGCCUGGAGGAGGAUCUGAAGAAGGCCAACUCGGCUCGAAAUCAGCUGGAGACCUACAAGCGGCAGGUCCAGGAUCUCCACACCAAACUUUCCAUGGAAUCUAAGAGAGCGGACACCUUGGCGUUCGAACUGACCAAACUGCACGAGAAGCAGGAAGCACUGGUGAAGGAGAAGGAGAGGCUGAUUGUCCAGCGUGACGCUCUGAAGGAAACCAAUGAGGAGUUGAGAUGUUCCUUGGUGCAGCAAGACCACUUAAGUCAGUCUGGAGAUUCUGGAAUAAAAAAUAUCGACAAUCUUGCUGCAGAGCUCCUUCCGGUGGAGUAUCGGGAGAUGUUCAUCAGACUCCAGCAUGAAAAUAAAAUGCUCCGGGUGCAGCAGGAGGGAUCGGAGAACGAGCGGAUCACCGAUCUGCAGACACAGCUGGAGGAGAAGCAGAGGAAGAUGAGCGAGAUGGAGACGGAGAACAGAUUAAACCUGGGCCGCGUGGAGGAGUUACAGCAGCAGAUUGCGGAUCUCCAGAAGACGUUACAGAAUCAGGACACAGAAGCAGAAGGAGCAGGGUCUGACACUCUGAAGAAGAAGAUUGAGGCUCGAAUGGAAGAACUAAAGGAGGUUCACGAUGCUAUAGAGACCAAUAAAGAGCUUCUGGAAGAUCUCCAGCCAAAAGCUGAUCAGAACGCCCAACGGGUGGAAGAACUGGAAGCAGCUCUACGUAAGAAGGACGAGGACAUGAAAGCAAUGGAAGAUCGCUAUAAGAUCUAUCUGGAGAAGGCCAGAAAUGUAAUAAAGACAUUAGAUCCCAAGCUGAACCCGGCCUCUGCGGAGAUCAUGUUACUGCGAAAGCAGCUGACCGAGAAGGAUCGCAAGAUCGAAAUGCUGGAGAGCGAUUGUCGGCAGGCGAAGCUGCGGGAGUACGAAGAGAAGCUCAUCGUCACGGCCUGGUACAACAAGAAUAUAGAGCACCAGAAGCUGGCCAUGGAGUCCCGCUUAGCAGGACGAGGAGGGAACGGCUCCUCGGGACGAUCGUUUCUAGCCCAGCAGCGCCACGUCACCAACGCCAGGAGGAACGUCUCCGCCACAGUCCACGCCGCCACUCCUAAUUAAAGGGGGAAAAAAAUGUAUACACAAAACCCAGAAGUGCACUUACAAGUUAUUUAUCUACCCCCCUGCUCCCCCCCCAGCGCGUAGCGUCAUGAAACGAGAAGGCGAUGCAGGUCAUCAGCUAGUGUCUCCCCCUUGUGGGCACGUCAUGAGAUAGCAGUAGAUGGCUUUCCACGAUCCAUUGACUGAAUUCAUGUCUACGUUUUAUGUUUAAAAAAAA